AUGGACGAAAAAGAUCUACAGCUUGCUAGAGCAUUAGUCGGCCUGGAUAUUAACGACCAGCCUAAAUCUGUCGUUGGUAAUAUGCAAGACAAGCAGCAAUUAUUCAGCAAAUCGGAGUUAUCAGUUGAGCACGCCGAGCCCCGAAGGAGAACGCGAAGUCUUAACGCGCCAAGUCCAAUCCAACAAUUCGGGCCAUGUGGUCGGAUAAUGAAGAACUCAGCAAUGGUUAUGACAAUUCAAGACCCCGCGUCGCAGCGACUUACGUGGUACAAACCACCACUGACCGUUUUGGUGAUUAAGAAAGUCAGGGAUUCUUCGGUUCUUCCGCCAUUUGUUCAAUUGGUCACUUGGUUAAUUGAGCAAAAACGCAUGGUAGUCUACGUGGAAGCGACAGUCCUAGAAGACCUAGCCCUAGCACGAGAUCCAAGGUUCCAGGUCGUUCGAGACCGACUGCAAACCUUCCGCGACGGAACGGACGAUCUGCAAGACAAAAUCGACUUCAUAGUUUGUCUCGGCGGUGAUGGAACACUUUUAUACGCAAGUCUGCUGUUCCAACAGUCGGUACCGCCGGUAAUGGCUUUUCACCUUGGCUCUCUGGGUUUCCUCACGCCGUUUGAGUUUGACAACUUCCAAGAACAGGUCACGAACGUACUCGAAGGUCACGCGGCCCUGACAUUAAGGAGCCGGCUGAGAUGCAUAAUAAUGAGGAAAGGCGAAGACGGUCAGCCCUCUAAGCCGCCAACAAACCUCCUGGUGCUCAAUGAGGUCGUGAUUGAUCGCGGACCUUCGCCGUAUUUGUCAAACAUCGAUCUGUUCAUCGACGGCAAACAUGUCACCAAUGUCCAGGGUGAUGGCUUGAUUGUAAGCACUCCCACAGGCUCCACCGCUUACGCUGUGGCUGCUGGUGCCAGCAUGAUCCACCCUUCGGUGCCUGCGAUUAUGAUCACGCCGAUAUGUCCUCAUUCUCUUUCCUUCAGACCAAUUGUUGUCCCAGCUGGCGUCGAACUUAAGAUUUCCGUGUCGCCUGAUAGCAGAAAUACUUCCUGGGUGUCUUUUGAUGGAAGAAAUCGGCAAGAGCUUUUCCACGGUGAUAGUAUCUGCGCGUCAGACCAAAUUACCGACUGGUUCGACUCACUCGCUGAAUGCUUACACUGGAACGUCAGAAAACGUCAGAAACACUUGGAUGAACUGAGUGACUUGACCCACUCCUCGAGCAACGAUACUCUGGACUCUUUAGACCGUGACAGUUAA